AUGCCGUUCCCUAGCAGGCUCAAGCUCCUCUUCCGAGCGAGCCGUCCAACAUACUGGACAACAACUUUGAUAUUCUAUCUCAUCGGACUUUUACAGGCAGGCUCAUACCCCCAGUCUGUCCCAGAGAUCAUGCUCGCUGUUGCAUUCUCAGCACCUCUAUGUCUAAAUGGCCGCUCUGUCGAGAAAGCAGAUCAUGCCUUCGUCCUACAGGCCUGCAAAGUUGCGACAAUCGGUGUCAUUCUACUCGCAAUACCCGCAUCUCUCCAGAUUCCUCAGACCAUGACCUAUGUUUUGAUAGCCCUUGGUGCUUCGUGGGCAUAUACCACUCCUCCAAUUCGACUCAAAGGGCGGCCAUUCCUGGACUCAAUUUGUGCUGGAACGCUCUAUUGGUCAAUCUGGGCCAGCGGCUUUUGUUUAAGGGAUGGUGAAGGAAGCACUAGCUUACAGGGCUCGAAUCCGAGUGUUUGGAUUUUCUUCUUCUGCGCCGGCUUGCAGAUGUUUACUGCAGUUCUUGAUCAGAAGGCAGACUCUGCCGCUAGUAUUCGAACAAUAGCAACAGCCUGCGGUGAACGGAUGGCUGCCUUUUUAACGGCGAUAACCUUGUAA